AUGGCACCUUAUAUGUUGCCAGAGCCACCACGACCGCCGCCACCAUCAUCACCAAUAUCAAAAGAAGAUUGCCCCGACACCAACACCACCGCGGCCCCAGAGAAGCAUUUAUCGCCUCUCCGUGCGUCCAUCUCCUUGCAACCAGCAAAUAGCAAGAACAAACACGAUUCCAAGUCCCACAAAGUCUUUCGAAAGUUCCGUUCAAUUUUCCGGUCAUUCCCCAUCAUCGUGCCAUCGUGCAAGAUGCCGGUGAUGAACGGGAACCGCUCCAACGACAUGUUUAUUCACGGUGGCACUAGGAUAACCGGAACCCUAUUUGGUCACCGGAAAGCGAGGGUGAACAUUGCGUUCCAAGAAAACGCUAAGUGUGAACCCUUUCUUCUUCUUGAGCUAGCUAUUCCAACAGGGAAGCUUUUUCAAGACAUGGGAAUGGGGCUUAAUAGGAUAGCCUUAGAGUGUGAGAAGCACCAAAACAAUGAGAAGAUAAAGAUCGUUGAUGAACCCAUUUGGACAUUGUUUUGCAAUGGUAAGAAAACGGGUUAUGGGGUGAAGAGAGAGCCUACAGAUGAUGAUUUGAACGUGAUGCAGUUGUUGCAUGCUGUUUCCAUAGCGGUUGGUGUUCUUCCCAACGAGAUGUCAGAUCCUCAUGAUGGAGAACUCUCGUAUAUGAGGGCGCAUUUUGAACGUGUUGUUGGAUCUAGGGACUCAGAGACUUAUUACAUGAUGAUGCCUCAUGAUGGGAACAAUGGGCCCGAGCUUAGUGUGUUUUUUGUGAGGGUUUGA